GCAGAGGAGGAUUGUGGGACGGCGGCGGCCUAGUCUGCAGAGACAGACAGGGGCGAACAAGUGUUUCUGAAGCAAAAGCAGGAAAACGGAGCAAAAAAUAACCCUCAUACCGGCGUCGUACCUCCGAAGCGCUUCCCACCUGUGAGCCAUGGGGCAGGAGGAUCUGAUGAGCACGGCGGAGGAUGUGGCGGACCAGUUCCUCAGAGUGACGAAGCAGUACCUGCCUCACCUGGCCCGCCUGUGUCUAAUCAGCACCUUUCUGGAGGACGGCAUCCGCAUGUGGUUCCAGUGGAACGAACAGAGGGACUACAUUGAGGCCACCUGGAACUGCGGCUACUUCCUGGCCACGUGCUUUGUGCUGCUUAACCUUUUAGGACAGCUUGGCGGCUGUGUCCUUGUUCUCAGUAGAAAUUUCGUGCAGUAUGCUUGCUUUGGGUUAUUUGGCAUUAUUGCGCUACAGACUGUUGCCUACAGUAUCCUGUGGGACCUAAAGUUUUUGAUGAGAAACCUGGCGCUGGGCGGUGGUCUGCUGCUGCUUCUGGCCGAGUCGCGCUCAGAAGGGAAGAGCAUGUUCGCAGGCGUGCCGUCGAUGGGGGAGAGCUCCCCUAAACAGUACAUGCAGCUGGGUGGCCGCGUCCUGCUGGUGCUCAUGUUCAUGACCCUGCUGCACUUCGACUCCAGCUUCUUCUCGAUCCUCCAGAACAUGGUGGGCACAGCCCUCAUCAUCCUAGUGGCCAUCGGCUUCAAGACCAAGCUGGCCGCGCUCACCUUGGUGGUGUGGCUCAUGGCCAUCAACGUCUACUUCAACGCCUUCUGGACGGUGCCUGCCUACAAGCCCAUGCACGACUUCCUCAAGUACGACUUCUUCCAGACCACAUCAGUCGUCGGGGGCUUGCUGUUAGUGGUCGCUUUGGGUCCGGGGGGCGUUUCCAUGGACGAGAAGAAGAAAGAGUGGUGAGGAGACCCCCAGGGUCCCCCCCCCUUCACAAACAACAAAAAAACCUAAAUCCACUGCCCAGGACACAAGGACCCCCAGUCUUUUCACUACAACAACAACAUCCCAGUGCAACAACUUGGAGCCACUUCGAUCCUCUUCCUCUGCCUUUUGGAUAAUUUCUCCCACUUUGUUUUGUUUUUAUGAGAUGAGAAUGGCAACAAUCUUGAGUUUUUAUAUCUGCCCCUAAUGCAGACUGAAAAUAAGGACCUGUCCAUGAGUUACGGUUGAUAUAAUCCACCCCUCCCCCCUCCCCCUGACCACCAAUCUCCAAAUUUAUUUGCCUUUCUCUUUCUGCAGAUCUCACUGUUAACUAUCUAUGCCAUCGUUCACCUUAAGAAGUUCCCGUCAGGAUGCCUGGUUAAUGUACAUUGUUAAGGGUUUUCGGUUUUAAGACGUUUGGAGAAAUAGCUGUGAAUGUGUUCCUAUAGAUUCUGUGAAUUGACGGUAAUUUAGUGCUUUGAUCGAGGAUUAAGGGCGAUCAGUUUACAAGUGUGGCUUGACAGGCGGACUGACUUCAGUUGCGCCUAUAACUGAUAGAUUGUGGUACAUUUUCUAGUACGGUUUCCUUUGUCCCUUCCACCCUCAUAUCAAAGCAGUGGCCCUCGUGUUUUAGGGUGCGCAGGGUGUGAAUAACACUGUUUGUGGUUCAAAUGGGGGACGUUAAAUAUAUAAACUGCCAUCCAAAAAAGAAAAAAAAGAAAAGCUGAAGCUAAACCCUUCGGUUCCGUUUCGCAUCAGAGCCCUCUAGUGGACUGUGUGCUGUAUGCGUCUGGGGGUCUGACCCUUACUAGUCAAGGCAGUAGACAGGCUUACCGUUUGAGAAAAAUCGCCAUAUUUUACAGCUCUUGCGUGGGUGGAAUGGAUCGGAAACGGUCUGUUCUUGCACCUGUAUGUCGUCUUGCUCUGUGUUUUUGCUGUCGAUGAAAAAUAAUAACUCAUUAUAUUGAUUUACAGAAGUUUAUAUUGUAUUUUUUUGAUUUAUUUUUGUUUUCAGAUCAUGGCGGAGAAAAAUAAAAGCAAAAAAAAAGAGA